GUCAACAUGUAAUCACAACAUUGUUAGUGUUUUGAGUUUAUUUAUUUCUAAUUUGAAAGAAAUUAAGAAAGAAACUAUCGAAAUUUUGUAAAAGAAAUAUUUAUGAAAAAAUUUCUAUAAUUUACGAUAAAGUUUUUAUGGCUUUAAAAUAAGAAUACUUUAGUAAUGAUUUAUUUGUAGUAAAGAGUGAUUUUUCAUUAAUAAUCUAAAGAUUAAUUAAACAGAAAAAAAUGUAUUCACCAGAAGAAAUUGAGAAAAAAAGGCAAAUAGCAUUACAAAAACGUCAAGCACGGAAAGAACAAAAUUCUCAGUUACCAGUCAACAAACCGAAAAAUGGUGAUAAUUUAAGAAAUAUUUUGCCUCCACAAAAGCGAAAAAAUGAGUUUGAUACUCCUUCAUUAUCUUUUAAACAGAGUAAACACGAGAAUGAAAGGCCAAAUGUUAUACCAUCAAAUAAUCUAUCUCAAAUUUCAAAAAGUCAGAAUAAUAAUUAUUCAAAUUCCCAACUUUGGAAUAAAAAUUUAGAUAAAACACGUCCAAUAAAAAUAGAAAAUGGACAAACUUUAUUAACACAAAGCUACAACUCAAAAUCAACCAGUUCAGUUAGUAAUGAAAAUAAGAAACUUGUCAAUACUACUGAAGUUGAAAAAUUCUAUAACCGUGCUUCAUCUAUUCAAGGAACAUGUUAUAUGAUAUCAGAAUCUAGAUUUGAAAUAAAUGUUCCUUUCUAUCAGCCAUUAAUUGAUUUCAUUAAAAAAUAUCCUUCAAGAUCAUACAAUGCUCAGACCAAAUUAUGGAGUUUUAGUAUAACAGAAUAUGAAAAAAUUAUGACUGAAAUUAAAUCUAAUAUUUCCAAUGUUUCUCUUGUCGGAAUACCUAACUUUGUCAUUAAAACAUUUUUGAAGCAAAAAAGUUCUGAUAGUAAAGAUCAAGAAAUAGAUUUUUCUUGUAUCGACAAGACAUUGACAAAUAUAUUAAUGCCAUUUCAAAAAGAAGGUAUUUCUUAUGCAAUCAAAAAAAAUGGACGUUGUAUUAUUGCUGAUGAUAUGGGUCUGGGAAAAACUAUACAAGCAUUAGCUAUUGCUUAUUAUUUCAAAAAAGAUUGGCCGCUUCUUAUCGUGGCCCCAUCAUCAGUAAGAUAUCAAUGGUCUGAUACAAUUUAUACUUAUCUUCCAUCAAUUCCUGUGCACCAAGUUUAUCAUUUUACUAAAUGUAAAGACUAUUUAGAAGAUGCUCAAAUUACUAUUGUGUCUUACGAUAUUCUUACCAGAUCAUUAAAUACAUUUACAAAAAAAAAAUUUACAACUAUUAUAUUGGAUGAAUCUCAUGUAUUAAAAAAUCCAAAAGCUGCACGAACUAAAGCUGUACAACAGUUAGCUUUCGAUGCUUUACAUAUACUUCUUUUGAGUGGAACUCCAGCAUUAUCGAGACCAAUAGAAUUGUAUACACAGAUUUCUCUCAUUACUCAUUCAUUCAUGCGGUUUCAAGAAUACGGUAUCCGAUAUUGUGCAGGAGAAAAAAAAAGUUUUGGAUGGGAUUUUUCUGGUGCUUCUAAUAUCGGAGAGUUACAACUUUUAUUAAAAGCGCAUUGUCUACUUCGUAGGAUGAAAACUGAUGUUCUAAAGCAAUUACCAUCGAAAAUUAGAGAAGUUGUCAUUCUAGAUUCAGAAUUAAUACCAAAAAAAACUAAAGAAAUGAUGAAAUUUGAUAAGAAGCUUGAAACUUCUAAAAAUCAACAUUCUACUAUACUUGAAUAUUAUAAUGAAUCUGCUGGCCAACGGCUUAAAGCUGUGUGUAGUUAUAUCAAUGAUUUACUGGAAAAUGAACAAAAAUUGAUUAUAUUUGCACAUCAUGUGAUAGUUUUGGAUGGUAUUUCUGAGAUAUUAAACAAAAAGCGUAUCAAAUAUAUUCGUAUAGAUGGAAAUACAAAUUCUGAAAUUAGGAAAAACAAUGUUGAUCUUUUUCAAACUUCAGAUGAAUGUCUUGUUGCUGUUUUGUCUAUUACAGCUGCUAAUGCUGGUAUUACUUUAACAGCUGCUAAUCUGGUUGUUUUUGCUGAACUUUAUUGGAACCCUGGAAUUUUAACUCAAGCUGAAGAUCGAGUUCAUCGUAUUGGCCAAAAUAGAGGUGUUGUUAUUCGUUAUUUAGUGGGGAAAAAUACAAUUGAUGAUUAUUUAUGGCCAAUGAUAAAGAAUAAAACAAAUUUUCUAGCAUCAGCUGGUCUCAAUUUAGAUUUUUCUGUGAACGAAGCUCAAAUAACGGAACAAAAACAACAGAAUCAAAUAGAAAAAUUUUUAACAAAAUCACCAAAUGAAAAAACGUCUGUAAAUAAUACUAUAAAAGACGUGGACAAUGUUGAUAAAAUUUUUGAGGAUGAAGAAGAGUUUAAUAUUGAAGACUGGGAUAAAUUUGAAUAAUUAUAUUUAUUACUAUCGAGUGAGUUUCAAAAGUGCAUGUUCUUAUGUUAUUGUUAAAUAUUUAUCAUUGAUAAUUAUUUCUCGUUAUUUUUUUGAAAAAAGUGAACAUAUACAUACUUUAAAUAAUAGAUACACGUAAUAUAUAUUUUUAUAAUGACUAAAGAUUACGGAAAACUAUAUAAAAAUUCUAG